GUUUAGCGCGUAGCUAAUAAUGUACCUGAGCUGAAACCUGCUGCUUUGUCGGGAGAAAACACCUGGAGGAGGACACGUGAAGACGUGCAGGACAUUUCCUGCUUCAUUCAAGAAUAAAAUGGGUCACUGCCGGAGAUGAUUCCUGUCUGAGGGAACGUCAUGGACAGACUGGGCCGUAUGGGUCGACCCUACAGGGUCAGUGAAUCCUCCAAGAUCUUCCGCUCCAUGGACCAGGCUGUGGAGGUCCUGAGGGGCUUCAACGACCAGCGGCAGAACAAGUGCUUCUGUGAUGUGGAGCUGGUCGCCAACGGUCAGCGGAUCUCUGCACACCGAGCCCUUCUGGCCAUCUCCAGCCCGUAUUUCCACGCCAUGUUCACCUUGGGCAUGAAGGAGAAGCAACAGCAGGAGGUGGAGUUGGUGGGGAUGUCUUAUGUGGGUCUGAAGGCCGUGGUGGACUUCCUGUACAGCGGGGAGCUUCUGCUGGAUGGAGGAAACAUCGACAGCGUGUUGGAAGCUGCACACCUGCUUCAGCUGUGGCGCACUGUGGAUUUCUGCUGCCAGUAUCUUGAGCGGGAGGUAAAUGAGCACAACUACCUGUACCUGCAGGAGCUGGCCCAGCUCUACAGUCUGGAGCGCCUCGACAGCUUCAUCGACCACUUCGUCCUUGCUCGAUUCUCCACUCUCUCUUUCACUCCUGACUUUCUUCAAAACAUUCCUCUGCACAAGCUCUGCUCCUACCUCUCCAGUGGCCAGGUCCAGCAUCACAGUGAGCAGGCCCUUCUGCAGGCCUCUCUGCAGUGGCUCAGCCAGAACCCGGAGCAGACUCUCCAUGCCAAACAGCUCCUAUCCCUCAUUCGGUUCCCACUGAUGCCAGUAGGAGACCUGGUGAGCCUGGUGCUGCCUGCAAUAAGGGGGGUGCUGCCUGAGGGAGCCGGUUGUGAGGAACUGGUGGAGGAGGCGUUGAGGUACCAUGCCAGGCUCAGCGCUCAGCCGCUUCUCCAAACAGGACGAACCGCGCUUAGGGGAGGGGUGGAGCAGUUGCUGCUGAUUGGAGGAGAGGUGUAUGAGCGUGGACAGGAGCUGAGCGCCAACGUCUGCUGGCUGGACAGUGAGACGGGAAGCUGGGAGCUGGAGACGGAGCUGCCGGCCCGGCGGAGCCACCACUGCUUGGCUGUACUGGGAGGCUUCAUCUUCGCUGCAGGCGGCAGCUCAUCCAGGGACAACGGAGGAGAUGCUGCUUGCAACCUGCUGUACAGAUACGACCCACGACUCAACCAGUGGACCAAGGGGGCUCCGAUGAACCAGCGGCGGGUUGACUUUUACCUGGGAGCUGUGGGAGAAUAUCUCAUUGCUGUAGGAGGCAGGAAUGGCAGCGGAGCGCUGUUGUCUGUGGAGGUUUAUUAUCCUGCAGAGGACUGCUGGUCAUACGUAGCACAACUCCCCAGGUUCACUUACGGCCAUGCCGGCACCGUCCACAAAGGCGUGGUCUACAUCUCAGGUGGUCACGACUAUCAGAUUGGACCAUACCGCCAGGACUUCCUGAGCUAUGAUCCGUCCCAGGAUGGGGAGGUGUGGGUGGAACGCCAGCCCAUGUCCCUGGCCCGGGGCUGGCACUGCAUGGCCUCCCUCGACCACCUCAUCUAUGCCAUCGGAGGCAGCGACGACCACGCGGACACGACAGAGCGCUUUGACAUUCUGCACGUGGAAUCCUACGACCCUCGGUCCUGCCAGUGGACCCGGGUGGCACCGCUGCUGCUGCCCAACAGCGAGGCGGGGCUGGCGGUCUGGGCCGGGAAGAUCUACGUGCUGGGAGGCUACAGCUGGGAGAGCAUGGCCUUCUCCAGAGUCACUCAGGUGUUUGACCCCGACAUGGGGUCCUGGUCCAGAGGGCCCGACCUGCCUAAACGAACAGCAGGAGCAUCGGCGUGUGUGUGCGUUGUUAGGCCCUCGCCCCAGCCGGCUUCACCGGAGAAGAAAAUGAGCCGAGGAGCAAGAGGGAAAUCACUGUCAACGUAGCACAAAGGCUUCAGAGAAACCGCUGAGUUCUUCAGUAGGAGGAUUCUGGUCCUUCUGUUUGGUGAGAACCUCUUCAGCUUCACAGCAGGACAGAGAAGGAGCUUUAAGAUCAACCAGAGCAAACCUUCUUGUGUCUAUAAACAGUUGUGUACAUUUUUAUCUCAGAGUGAAUCUGAAGGAAAUGAGAGGGAGGGUGGUGGAGCAGCACCAAGCUCUCCGUAUCUGGGCUGCUGACUGGGUCCACAAAGCUGCCUGUGGCCCUUUAGCUUCUACUGACCAUUGCAUACAUUUGAAGUUAAUGCUUUCUUUGUUAUACAGUAGAAAUAUGAACUAAACAUGAACGGGAAACCAACUUUAUUUCUUUUGAUUUGAAUUUUCAUUUUGUUCAAAGGAUAAAACCGGAAAAGGUCAAAUGUUACAUAAAAUGUCCUACAGUCAUGAUCAGAUGUUUAUACUCAUCAAGCCUGGAUGUCAUAGUAAUUUUGAGCUUUUAAUGUCUUUAAAUAUGUUUUCCAGGGUAGAAUGGUAUCAGUCAGACAGCAAAGUGAAGUGAUGGAUAAGAACCAGAAUCAGGUGCUCAAACGUCCACAGACAGGCUCCAAUAUGAGUCUGUGUUUAUUAAUCUGCAUAUAGUUCAUUCUUUGGUUUUUCUGUUUCAAAACAAAAUGGCAAAAAGAAAAUAAAUUCUUUUUUUUGUUUUGUUUGUUUUUCCAUUUUGCUUCAACUAUCUACAGUAAAUCCAAAACAAAAAAAUAUACGACGGCUGUUUUAAUUUGUAGCGAUACCGCUGUUCUGACGAUCUGUGUUACAUCCUCAUAUUUUCCUACCGUAGCGCGUCUAGAUGGCUGCAUCUGUCUGUCGGCGCUACCCUUGGAAAACUGCUUCUGUCAUGAUGAAAACAUGAUGGUUAAUGUUUAUGUUCAAUGUAAUUAUCGGAAAACAUUUUUGAAGAGACGGGACUGAAGUGGGAGUUUAGUAGUUAUGUAGCAUUGGAACAAUUUAUCUGAAUGCCGAAAACUUUUCUGUAACCACCAGAAUAUCUCCCUAUUUAAAUAUAUAACUAUAAAACAUACUAAAAUCCUUCAUCAGAAUAUCUAACCUGAAGAAGAAUGAACGAAUAAACUGGUAUCAGGUGAGCUUUUAUUGCAAAUAAAUAAACAUCUACAAAUUCA